AUUCGAAUCGCCCUCCCCGCUCCCCUGUAUCCUUUCCCCCCUGCGCGCCGCUUCGGGCUGGGGUGCGAAAACCAGAGCAGGGAUGCGGGACCGGACGCGCGAGCUCAGAGAGAAAGAGGAUGACUCGGACAGCGAAGGAGCCGAACAUGUGGCGCUUGUCAUGCACCCAGGAUCAGCGAAACUCGGUGACUUUCCAGAUCCCAAUGACACAUUCUUUCAAAUGACUAGUAAUAUUCGUCAGUCCUUGAAGACUUUGGAAAGCAAAGUGAACGAACUAGAGAGGCGCCAGACGACAAUUUUGGCCACGCCGCUCCCAGAGGAUCGCAUGAAAGAAGAUCUUCAAAGGCUACGUGAAGAGAUCAGGGAGUUGGCAAAGGACAUCCGGAGUCAUCUGAAGAAAAUUGAGCCCAAGAAGGAUGGAGAAGACGAGAACAAGAAUUCGGUCAACACCCGUAUGAAGAGGACCCAGCAUGGAAUCCUGUCGCAGCAAUUUCUGGAUCUUAUCAACAAGUGCAACUCCACACAGUCAGAGUACAGAGACCGGAAUAUGGAGCGCAUCAGGAGACAGCUGCAGAUUACCGGCAGUGGGGUGGUAUCCGAUGAGCAGCUGGACCAGAUGCUGGAGAGUGGCCAGACGGAGGUGUUUGUCUCUAACAUCAUGAAGGACACCCAGGUGACAAAGCAGGCUCUGAACGAAAUCGAGACACGGCACAGUGAAAUCCUCAAGCUGGAGCGCAGCAUUCAGGAGCUGCAUGAAAUGUUCAUGUACCUGGCCACGCAGGUGGAGCUGCAGGGAGAGACUAUUGAUCGGAUAGAGAAGAACAUUUUGGACUCAGAGGACUAUGUCAAGAAAGGACAGCAGCAUCUGCAUACAGCCCAGGAAAACCAGAAGAAAGCUCGCAAGAAGAAGUUCAUGAUUGCCAUCUGCCUGUCGGUUACACUGGUCAUCAUUGCCGCCAUCAUUGGUCUAUCCUUCGGUUUUGGCUAGAAGAUCCCCGGUUGUGUCUCUCCCUUCACGCUGCAUUGUUGGAGCCUGGUGGGUUUCUUUCUGGCUUCAUCACUGUUCUGGAACUGAUAUCCCCUGCUGGGGAGGCCUUUGCACUGAUAGAUGGCUGGUGGAAAUGCCUCCUGCCUUCCUGAAAGCACAUGCUGCCUAUGGCUGCCGCCUCUUCUGUUCCCUGGAAUCAAGGAUCCCCCAGCAUUUUCCCUGCAUCCCAAACUGAUGCUUCUGAACUCUCCUGAUUGAAAGCAAGCCCUGCACUGUAUUGGUUUUGGCCUUUCUAGCUUAUUCCUUUUUUAACCAUUUGUAGCAUCUUGGGUUGUGUGUGCGCCUUUCUUCCCCAGUGAAUUCUGCCUGGUCUUACCUGCUUUCAAAGGAUCAUUUCUUGGUCCCUUUAUGGACUCAGCUGUACUUCUCAUCCCCACCCCUGUGAAUUCAAGGCAGAGCAUCACCUGGAGCAGUCUUAGGUUUCCCUUCCUGAUCACAGCAGUCGUUACCUUUUCCAAUUCUUUUCUAGGCCCUGCCCAUGUUUGCCCUAGUUCUUUAUCACACAUCCUGCCAUCUUUUUAAAGCUUCCCUCUUUCCACACUGAAUGUCAGUUGUCUUAACUAGGAAGCAAAGGGACAGGUGGAUAUUCUGCAGAAUGUCGGGGUGGGUCUUCGUCCUCCACACCACAUACCCAGCUCUGAGUGCCUAUUAGGGGAGGCAGCAGCAGACCUAAAUCUGACGGUUCCUGGCUACUGCCAUCAUGCUGGACUGGCCUAUGGGAUUUUUGUUUGUUUCUGUGGCCUUUGAAAAGGGUUGUGGGGUCUCAUUUGGUUGAAGCCAAGGCCUGCGGACCAGGUUUUGCCCAUUUUGGCAAAACUCUUUUCCUGUUGCCUUCAGUUUUAAAGGUGAAUCUUUGUAUCUCUGUCCUCUCAGUGUUGACCCUCUCCUGUGUGCCUUAAGAGUUGCAUGCCCAGCACUUGGGGAGCCUGUGUAUUAUCUUCCUGUCUCCUUCAGGGGUUUUUUAAGUCCCCCUUGUAAAGUUGAGAGCUACCCCAGUGCCAGCACUGAAAGGACCAGGACAAAGUGGCUUUGCUCUUUUGGGAAAGCAGGUCCACAGGGCUAGGUGGUAUCGAGUCUGCAGUGUGGCUGCCCUCAGUUCUGGUUGAAUUGGAUGUGGAAUUCACAGAGGAAACAAAAGCCAAGACCUUUGGGCUUUGUUCCUGAAAAUUUGAUACUGUACUACUUUAAGAAAGAAAACUAUCUAAAUCAAAGCAUUGAACAAAAUGUUCUGGUUGCCUUGGAGAUUGAAUGUAUUACAAAGAAAAGUAGCCUGACUCAAAUUAUUUUGUAAUAUAAAAAUAAAAGCACUUUUUACAACAUC